ACUUAGCUGCACGUGUAAGAGUUGUUUCUACUACUCAUCUUUCUUCGUGAUGGAGUUUUCUGAGGAGAAUGUAAGAAUCCCAUUCGAGCAAAAACCGCUGGACGGCGUGUUUACUCUUCCCGCUGACGUCACCGCGUUGCGUGCAGCCGUGGUGUUGACGCACGGCGCGGGGGGUGACAUGCACAUCUCUCAUCUGGAGACCGUGGCGCGUGCUCUCGCCUGUUCAGGUGUUGUGUGCCUGCGCUUCACCUGCAAAGGACUGAAUCUGGCAUACAGAAUCAGAGCAUACAGAGCUGCUGUAGAUUACUUAAAAGCUCAUGAGAGCUAUACACCAAAUAGUAUUUUUCUCGGAGGCCGUUCUAUGGGUGCUCGUGCAGCCGUUGCAGUGGGUAGAGUCAUGUGUGCUGAGCAAGAGGAUGCAGUGCAGGGUCUUUUGUGUUUAUCAUUCCCACUGCAUCCACCAGGAAAAACGCACACACACAUUCAGAGAAGCCAAGACCUCCUUGCAUUGUCCCACACUCCUGUGCUGUUUGUUUCUGGCACAGCAGACACCAUGUGUGAACAGAAACUUCUGGAAAAUGUUAUAAAGUUAAUGCAGUGCCCCAUUGGUGUUCACUGGGUCAAGGGUGCGAGCCAUGGACUUGCAGUACGUGGAAGAACUGAAGAAUCAGUCUCCGAGGAAGUGAAUUCACAGAUCAUUUCAUGGAUACUAGAACAUAAAUUACAUUAAUAUACAUUUUUAUUAUUUUUAUGAAUAUCUUGCAUAUCUCUCCUUUAUAUGUAGAAUCUUUUUUUACUUUUAAAAUUAAAUAAAUCCUCAUUAAUUAAUCAAAUGA